UUCUAAACCCCUCUCUCUCUCUCUCUUUCUUUCAAAAUAUACUUUAAUUUCCUCUCUCACCAUUUUCUUGAGAAUAGAGUUCACUCUUCUCGCCUGUUUUCUCUCCAACUUUCACCGGAAAAUGCUAACCCAAAACCCCAUUGUGGCCGGGAAGUGCCCUCUCUGGGUACUUCUCCUUCUCGCCGUUAUCCCUUUCGGAGUCCCCAAAUCCACCAUUGAACCAUGCUCCAACUCCGACACUUGUUCUUCUCUCGUCGGCUACACUCUCUACACCGACCUUAAAGUCUCCGAGGUGGCUUCUCUGUUCCAGACCGACCCAAUCGCCCUCCUCACGGCCAACGCCGUCGACAUUUCCUACCCGGACGUCGAGAACCACAUCCUCCCCGCCCGCCUCUUCCUCAAGGUCCCGCUCACCUGCUCCUGCGUCGACGGGAUCUUCAAAUCCGCCUUCGUCCACUACAAGACCCGCCCCUCCGACACGCUCUCCUUCAUCGCCGACACUGUCUACUCCGGCCUCGUCUCCGCCGACCAGAUUAAGGAGGGAAACCCCAACGCCGUCGGCUCCGACCCUUCCGUCCUCAAUGUCGGAACUAACCUCUGGAUUCCCCUCCCUUGUACCUGCUUCAAUGGCACUGAUAACAAUCUCCCUGCCAUUUAUAUGUCUUACGUUGUCAGCCCCGUCGACACUCUUGCCGGGAUUGCUUCCACCUAUUCCACCACUCUCACUGACCUCAUGACUGUUAAUGACCUGGGAAGCCCCGCCAUCAAGGAAGGCGACAUUCUUGCUAUUCCCUUGUCCGCUUGUGCAUCAAGUUUUCCAAAAUACGCCUCGGAUUUUGCUUUAUCUGUGCCAAACGGGAGUUAUGCUAUAACAGCUAGUCACUGUGUUCAGUGCAGCUGUGGGCCAGGGAGUCGCAAUUUGUACUGCAUGCCAGCUUCGUUGGCAGUUUCGUGUUCAAGUAUGCAAUGCAAAAACAGCAAUCUGAUGCUCGGGAAUGUUACGGUGCAACAGACCUCUGGGGGAUGCAAUGUGACCUCAUGUGACUAUGGCGGCUUUGUCAAUAACACCAUUGUCACUGUAUUAUCCUCAUCUUUGCAGCCCCGAUGCCCAGGGCCACAGCAAUUUCCCCCGCUCAAGGCGCCCCCUUCAUCAGUAGGUCCUGAUAUAUUGUUUUCUCCUGCACCUGCACCUAUCGAGGCCGGUGGUCCAACAAGGACAGCAAAGUCUUCUUCCGUGGCGCCUUCAACUGGCUCGGUUAUAGCAUUUCCACCUAAAAAUGCUCCUUCCGGGAGUUCGUCGUCUGCUUGCACAUUGCUAAGCCCCUUAUCUAGAUUUCCAAGUGCAGUUAUGCUUGGCCUAUUUCUCAAAUAUUGGAUUUUUGUAUAAGGGGACAAGGGGUUUUGGAUUUCAUGUUAUGUUUUGUUUCUUCUCCCCUGAUGUAGUUGUAGGGCUUUCAUGGACAUGUAUUUUAAUUAUUUCUUACAUUUAGAAUCAUUGGCUUUUCAAUAUCAUCACUAAUUUUAUCAA